GGGACUGGACGGGUAGUGUACAGUCACCAUGGUUAUUCGUCUGCCUACCUUCUCUGCUGAAGAGUUCUACCACGCCCCCUACCGGGGAAAUGUGGCGGUCUCGUGGCAAACAGUGAGAUUCGCGCAUGCAACAAUGGCAGACGUCAUAUAACCCUGGAGAGACUUACCUCAAGUCGAGGGAUUUUCUGCACUUUAGGGAUCCGCUGGCGGUACUCGGGUUAGGCAAGCGCCUCUCAUUACGGCUACUGUAGUGUUGGACACAGAAGGAUAAUGUUGAAUUUGUAGGGAGAAAUCUGCUUGACUUGUUGCUUAUCUUGGGAUUUUUACUUGAUGGGUUAACUUUAAUCAAGGCGGUCAGCGUAUGGUUUAUCAGAUUGUACCAGCGGUGUGUGGAGUUCUGACCUGGAUUAUGCUGUGCAGGUGGAGUUUACUGUAGCAGUGUUGGGAGUUUACUGAUGUUUGCGACUGAAGAGGAUUCGGAGAUUGUUCGUAACACCACUGUCCGGAGCAGAGAGACAUGUGGCCACUGAUGACUACAUUCCCGACAGGAGUGUUCUUUAUCUUAAGCAGUGUAUCUAGCCAAUUACUACAGCCAUCAGCAGUAUGUCCUGAGAUUAGACCGGGCGAGGAUGACCUUCCGGGUUUUGAUUUUAUAUCUAAGUUUUCAUUAGAUAAUGAUGAUAUACGGGUACCGGGCGUCAAGAGGGUCAAGGGGUCAAAUGACUUCCAAGUAGCAUAUAAAAUCGGUAGAAGAGCAAAAUUACGGAAACGAACCACGGAUCUGUUUCCCCAGGGUCUGCCCGACCAGUUUUCGUUUGUUAGUACGUUUCGCAUGAGUGGCAAGACUCGGCGAGAAAGAUGGAAUUUAUUUCAAAUAAGGGAUAUUCAAGGAAAUCCGCAGUUUGGAAUACGGCUGGAUGGAAAACAGAAAACAAUAGAAUAUUAUUAUAUCAAUGUUGAAGGGAAACUGACAACAUUAAAGUUUAAUAGCAAAGCAAAACAGCUAUUUAGCAAAGACUGGCAUAAAAUCCAUUUUAGCGUAGGUCGGGAAUAUGUGGAAUUUUACCUGGACUGCAAGCCGAUCACCUCACAGCCUCUGAUACCCGCCAGACAGAUCGACGUGAAUGGGGAGAUCGUGCUGGGGACGCGGGAGCCGGAUGGCGGGACGGUACCGUUUGAGCUGCAGUGGAUCAACCUGCACUGCGACCCCUCCAAGCCGGAAAGAGAACAGUGCGAUGAACUCCCUCCCCCCAAAAAGAAGAUAAAACCUCCGCCACCGCCGAAACAGAGGAAGGCUAGCUGUGACAAGCCCUGCCCACGCGGACCGCCUGGUUUGAAUGGGACACAGGGUCCCCCCGGGCCUCCAGGUCCAGCGGGUCCUAUUGGGCCUGCAGGCGCCGACGGCAAGGAUGGGCAGGACGGGAAGAUGGGGCAGAAAGGGGAGUCAGGCCAGGACGGAAAUCCCGGACGGCCAGGAAACACCGGCAAGCCAGGCAAAGACGGACAGAUUGGCAGGACAGGCCCAACAGGACCCCGAGGAACCACGGGCCGCACGGGUCCGAGGGGAGCAAUAGGAGAUGAAGGGCCGCAAGGGUUGAAGGGCUCGGCCGGAAGUCCGGGGAAGACCGGAAGUCAGGGACCAGUGGGCCCCGCGGGCAAGUCGAUCGAGGGUGAGAAAGGUACACGCGGGGAGCAAGGAGAACAAGGACUACAGGGCCCAGAGGGACCCCGAGGUCGGCCGGGGCCACGUGGACGAGGGGGGCCGGGGGGAAAGAAGGGCGAGCCAGGGAAGAUGGGGACUGAUGGAGAGCAAGGAGCGAGGGGAUAUCCGGGUGCGGCCGGUGAUCCGGGAGUUCCAGGACCCCCCGGUCCCCCUGGGUUGCCAGGGCAACCGGGCACUCCGGGGGAAAUCACAUCCAACGACAUUAAACCAGUGCCCGGUCCAGUGGGUCCGCAAGGUGUUCCCGGAGCGAGAGGGGAGAGAGGCCUUAAGGGGUCUAAAGGUGAAUACGGCACUGAUGGAUCGAAAGGGACGAAGGGUGAGCGGGGUGAUCGCGGUCCUACGGGAAAGGACGGUGCUGAUGGCUUGACGGGCGAACAAGGACGCACUGGAAAACAAGGAAUUCUGGGACCGAAGGGAGAGCGGGGAACGCCAGGCAACAGAGGGCGCAAUGGUUUGCGGGGACCGCCAGGGCCGACGGUCGACCCGAUGGGCCCGCAGGGAGACCAGGGUCAACUGGGACAGAAAGGCAACCGUGGCGACCCGGGGCCCCCAGGUCCGCCUGGGAUUCCCGGUCUGCUGUCGGAGCCGCAGGAGGGGAAAGCGGUAUGGGAGGAUCUUAUCAAGAAGUUUCAAGGUCCAGCAGGGCUUCCGGGAGCUCGAGGGGUGCCGGGAGAUAAAGGACCAAGGGGGCCUCGCGGCUCGGCGGGAGCACUCGGAGUAAAGGGCGAGGCUGGGAUACCUGGAGAUCCGGGACAACCGGGAGACAAGGGCUACAUCGGCCCCAAGGGUGAUGAAGGCGAGCGAGGUGAUGCUGGACCACAAGGAACGGACGGCAGACCGGGCGCUCCGGGAGUUCCAGGGAACCCGGGACUGCCAGGAACCGAUGGAAUAAAGGGGGACCCAGGCGAGAGGGGUAGAGACGGAGGUAGGGGACCCCCCGGGACCGACGGCCGACCGGGCCCCCAAGGACCGCCCGGCCCCCCGGGACGACUAGGAGGUGGAGGCCCCCCCGGGCCACCGGGACCCCCGGGUAACCCCGGCCCCCCUGGGGAGAAAGGUAACACGAUUGAUCUCGAAGAACUCCAGGGCUAUGUGGCCAACGGAUACACAGGUGGGGGAGGGACCGGCCCCCCGGGGCCCUCGGGACCUUCAGGACCCCCUGGCUCCGUCGGGAUGCCUGGUGAACGCGGGGCCCAAGGAGACAGAGGUCCCCAGGGAUCACAGGGGCAAUCUGGGAUCCCCGGCUUGUCCGGACCCCCGGGACCCCCUGGGCCUAGAGGACUUCGAGGACAGUCAGGAAUGCCGGGAAUGCCAGGACUUCCGGGACGCAGUAUAUCUGAGACCGAGAUGCGGGAACUAUGCAGCAUGGUACUGAGAGACCAACUAGAGGAUCUGAUCGCGGACCUCAGAGGACCGCCCGGCCCACCAGGAGUCGGGAAGAAGGGGCGCCCAGGACCACCUGGACCUUACGGACAACAGGGAGAACGCGGUCCCCCGGGCCCUCCAGGUGAACGUGGAUUUAUGGGGAUGCCAGGUCUUCCCGGGGCCUCAGGUCCCCCCGGAUCUAUGGGCAACAGGGGACCGAAGGGCGAGCGAGGAUCUACCGGACACGGCAACCAAGGAAAACCAGGCCCCCCAGGAAUACAAGGUCCGACUGGCCCGACAGGCGAAGGCAUCAUGGGACGGCCUGGCGAGCGUGGGCCCCCGGGCACGUCAGGCCAACACGGUCGCCGUGGUAUCAUGGGUCCCCCCGGGCCCCCAGGGUACUGUGAAUACUGUAACUACGCCCUACCAGGACCCGAAUACAUACGACUGCCGAGAAAUGACAUCAAGGGGCCUUAAAACUUUCAAACCCCCUGAUAAAAUGGUUUAAAUGCCCGUCACCUGUAGCCAUUGAUCUUAGACUCUCUCCAUCUUUAUUUCGUUUGAUACUCCCUCUCUUACUCUUCUCCUCCUCAGAAGAUUUCCCCGCUUUGUCUCUCCCUCCACGAUACUACCUGCGCAUAUCCAUAUGCAAAACUACCAUCACCCGAACUUGUAUUCGGGUUAAUCGUUCUCCACUAACAAGUGUGUUCCUAACAUGUAUUUGAAGCAUAAUUUUAUAUUUCUGACCUUUCUACCUGCACUAGUCAUCAUCGUAGCAUAGAUCCCCCUUUUGUUGGAUUAUAUAUAAACCUGAUGGUCCACUGGCCACGUAUCCCGACAUUGCAAUGUUCUACCGCAUAAGGCUUCGGCCAUUGCGGGGUAUGCGAGCAGUUUACCGUUGCGGUCCUCCUGCAUGUUAGCCCGACACGGGUUACCUCCCCUUCUUUAGUUGUUGCGAUUUACGCUACAGGCUGACGCAGGUUUGAGAUGUUUUGGGAGCUUUUUAUGAUGUCAUUUCUUCAUGCCAUCCAAGCAAAGUGUCUGUGUUAGAGGAUCAGCUUGAAAGAGUGACAGGAUCUUUGUAUCCCGCCAAGUGUCACGUGACGAUUUGGUGACGAUCAGAUGACAUGUUUGGGUCCCGCCUUACACUGAAGGCCUUGCAGGCGUAUCAUGUGAUAUCUUCAUCUGCCCUCAUUCAAUAUAUUACAGACACGUCAUAGUACAGAACAGAGCUCUAUCGUGAUUGGUUUCAGCGUAUAUCACGUGUCCAAUAUGAUUGGUUGUUUGUUUGUACAGUAAACCACAUGACAGUUAUCAUUCAUGACUCGUGUGGAGAUUUAGAGAGCGAAAGCCAAGUUGAGACUAUGUGCGUGCUUUGGACGAUGUGUUUUCUUUGGUGCUAUUGAACUAUUGGUCGAGUUUGGCCAUCUGAAACUUACACAGAACCAUUUUACCUCCGUACUGCUAUCAAGAGGCAAUAACAGACUGGGAGUUGUUCUACUACUGUCUUCCGGUCACGUGUCCAUCAUGGCCGCCGAGGCUCUGGAAGAAUUCCACAUGUUACAUUGUAUUCAAGACACUCACCUUACGACGUCACUACUGCAUUUUCCAAACUUGCAUAUGGGUGAUAUUGUUUCAACUAGCUACAUGACAACUACUCAUGAACAUCGGAACACCUGUCAACUUCCAAAGAAACACUGCCAAAGAAUUGUACAUCACAUAAUUCUGAAACGAGGUAAAUUAUCCAUAAUUCGUUGUAUACAUUGAAUUUAUUCUUAGAAUUUCUUUCUUGAAUUCUUUGCGUGUUUCUUGUUGUGUUAAAUCUCGUUACUACUUGUAUGCACAUUUCAGAGCAUUUAUUGUGUAAUUUAAACACAACUACUGUUAUAGACUACGUCAUAUUGCCACCUCGUCAUGUUAGCCACGCUUCCUUAGUGUACAGCAGGCCUUAGAUAUUCAAAGUCUGCUAAUCUUAGUGUAUGUAUUCAAACAUAGUCGUAAGUGCAAAUUGUAUUUGUGACAGCUGCUCUAGAUUUUCGUUUUGUAUAUUUACAUCCACUGGAAGAUAAGAUCUCUUUAGGUAAUAAAUUACUUACUUCUUGUA